AUGGCGGAUGCUCCUCCAUUGCCCGACCAACCUCUGCCGCCGUGGAUGAGCUACUCGCUCAUCACAUAUCCAGAUGGAACUCAGGAUUACACAAUUGUUGACCUUCCAUUAACCUACUAUGGUCCCUCGAUACCAUUGGGAACAGACUACACGUACGGAGGCUCAGAGUCUCCUGUCGAGACUGCCGGGCCAACACCAGCACCAACCAGCGACGCUCCACAACCGACACCAGAGCCGGUGACCGUAACCUUCAUCCCGGAACCAGUCACGGUCACUGUGACUGUCACAGUGACAGAAACAGUCCAGGCUGCUCCGACUCCAAUAGUUCCUCCGCCCUUUUCUUCGUCAUCUCCGACGCUUUCGACGUUUCCGACAUUCUCGACAUUCGCUCCUAUACCAAGUGGAGGAAGCAGUGUUCCCUCUUUCCCCUCUUUCUCCAGUCCUCCCACUCCUACACCGCAAUCUACCGCGUCUUCAUCAUCUCCAACCCCGAUCAUCCCAUUGCCGCCGGGCGGUUCGACCUCGAGCUCGAAUGGCCCUUCAAGCUCCAGUUCGAAUAUCCCGUCAAGUUCUAGCAUCGGUAAUACCAGCACAUCUUCAACGCCAACACCAGCCCCGUCCUCUUCCUCUUCCACUACUCGUGGCGUUCCUGAAUCGGCGGUACCGACGGUUGCAGGGACGUCUCGAAACUACCUAGGGCUUGCACCUGGCGCAUUUCUUGGAGUUAUUCUCGCCAUCGUCUUCUCAUUAUUGCUCCUCUUAUGCUGUCUAUUCAUUUGGUGCCGACGUCGACGACGGCAAAAUCGACGACCACCCAUCACCCUUCUCUCGACUCCACCAAAUGAGUACGGUUCUCGACUUUUAGCAGGAGAUAGAGAUCCUACGCGAGAAGAUCUUACCUAUCCAUAUGGCAAUCACAACCGAGAGUACCGACGCAGUCAAAUAGCAAUGAUGCGUGCUAGGGGUGAACUCGAUGACGAAUGGGAAGACCGAAUGCACAGUCCAUCCAUGCGCUCCGCAUCGAUUCGAAUACCAGAUGACGAUGUGGGGACUACGUACGGGAUUCGUGACCGAGCAUUGGUAGCUGCAGGCGUCGGAUUGCCAUAUGCAUACUCUCGUGUGCCUCGUGAUUCACCUCGUGAUACUCCGAGCGUGAAGACCGGUAUGAGGAGUAUUGCAGAGUCUAGCAACGUUGCAACCGUGACACCGGGGAAUAUGGGCGGUGCCGGACUACUCGUCACCAAUCCCGACGAGCACCGCACCUCUCCAACGCCGCGUAAGGAUACGCAGUCGACAGAUGCCACAAACGACUCUUCUGCCUUGCACAUGUACGCAGCUGGUGGUCGAAGUCGCAUGGAUUCCGACGAGUCGGGCAACUUUUUCUACCCGCGGACGUCAGAAGGCGAGGGACCUUCUCCAAUGGCAUCGAGCUCGGAUCUUCACUUCCUUCAAAGAUUCACCACACCCGCUGCCGCAGCUGGAGCCGCGGUCGUUAUUACCGAUCAAAGGACCGGUGGUUCUGGACGCGGAAGUGGCUCUAGCGGUGGACACCCAAGCAGCGCACCGCAUACCCGGAAUCUCGAGGAUAUACCAGGGACAGCCAUUGCGUAUCCGGAGAGCCCUGUUUCCGACACGCGAGAAAACGAGCAACUCAUGCAAGAAGGCACAGAUGGAAAUCAGAGCGUUGGAACCUAUCACGACAUGUCGUCAGGCAGACAUAGUCGUUCCACCCGUGAGAGCGCUCUCAGUCGGUGGACAAACGAUAGGACGGAUCGCUCGACACGCACGGCACAACAGCCACCCAUCUUCCAGAGGAUACUCAACAAAGUCAUGGGCACUUCGUCCUCCCAGCCCUCAUUCGCCAUCAUACCGCCUUCAGAUCCUUUCGAACAUCAAGUGCAGCCUUCUCUUCAAGAUCAACAAACUAGAGAUCGCGUACACGCUCGUAUUAGUAGCCGAGACUUUGAUUUUGGCGGUGGACUUCUCUUCCCUCGCCCACCAAUCCAUACUGGUUACUCGAGCGCUAGCGCGAGCACGGCACGGGAUGAUAUGAGAAAGUGGGGUGGCGUUCUUCCGUCGCGUUGGUCUUCCGGCACUGGAAACCGGACACCCGUCAACGGAGCAGAAGCAUCGUCGAUGAGAAAUGUUCCUACCAGUUCUGCCCCUGGUGAACCCGCUGCAGCCCCGUCACAGAUGGAACAAGGAAAUGCUCGGUCUGGGCCAUUGGUAGGCACGCCAAUUCGUUCUCACCAGGACCUGCAAACACAGAUGAGGGAGCGUACUCCGACCACUACCCCGAUUCCUCUUAUGGGCUUUGGACUUCGCCCGCCGCCGCCAUCUGCGUAUCCAAUCGAACGUACUGUAUCAGGUGUCUCAUCCGGUACUGGUCGCUCGACAGUAUACUAUGACGCUCACUCGAGGAUGAGUACGCCAAUGGGCACUGUCAGCACGAGCCGCGAGCACGCAACGACCCCUGUCGCUCGUCUAGAGUCUCCACCACCGCAACCUAUCGGAGCUCUCCGCUCUGCGCGGAGUGCCGCAUCUCUUCAAUCAGCUGGCUCCGGUCCAGCACCCCCAGGUCUUUUCGUCACGCCGUCUGGACAAGACGAAGACAUUCUUGACGAGGCUCCACCAAUGCCUAUACGUGACGUCCGUCAAGCAAGAUCGCUCAAUACCAUUCUCUCCGUUAGCAGUGCAGAGACGUAUGAUACUGCGAACCCUCCACCGUCCAUCGGGCGUGCCUUCCUCCGAGAUGAAAACAUCAGGUUCCCACCACCAGGUCUCGAUCCGGCGCCACGAACCUUGCGUUCCGUGCCAUCGGAUAUCACUCCUUCAGAAGCCGCUGAUGCUGACUUAUCGGCAGGGUAUCGAACAGGAAGCAUUGGUGGUAGUUGGCCUCGCGAUAGAGACAACGUGAUUCAUGAGGACGAGGAUAUCCUAGAGGAUGAGCCGCCGAUGGCUGCUACGCAGUGGCGUGUACUUUCUGCAUACCCCAAUUCGGAGACUGGAAGUAGAGGCGGUAGUGUCAGAACUGGGAACACUGGUCGCGAGAUGGGUGAACGACCCGAUUGGAGACUCACUCUGGGACAGUCUGUUAUUCUCAACAAUGCUCAGGGGACAGGAAGUUCUCGCAAUUCGCAAUUUGAUAGCGUUCUCGCCCCGCAUCACGAACAGGCUAGCCAAGCUGGCUCUGGAUCCCAAAACUCGCGCGGUAGCUCCAAUCGCACAAACGCCAGCCACUCUCGGGAUAUUCAUUCACUUCGUGCCGAGGAGAUUGGGGGAACUGGCGGCUCCGGUGGCUCCAAUCAGUCAAAACCAUCCCGACGCUCGGUCUCGGAACAUGGUGCCUACAACUAUUCAUCUGAGACGGUGGGUGAAGGCGCAGCGCUUCUCAGUGCAUUCGGAUCUGGACCAGGAUCGCGACCAUGGAGCAAUAUUGGUCGCAGUCACGAUACAACCAAUACCGGUGGUGCCGUCAUCUCUCCAUCUCCUCGUCGGUUCUCCUUCUGGAAGCGAGAAGGCAGAGAAAGUCCCCGCCCACCAAGUCAACAAGCACCUCGUGCGAGUACUCCUCCAACCGCACCCCUCGCAACAACCACCCCUGGUAUUCGCCUUGUUGGUUCCUCGCGAUCGGCCAGCAUGGACCAAGUUCCCAUUACCCAAAAUUGGUCGUCACAAGCGAUUCCUCGGGAUGUCACGCCCGCAGAUGGUCGUCGAGGCUCUCAGACGCACUCCUUUGUCUAUCGCGAGUCACCUCUCCAUGCAUAUUCACCCCUCCGCUCUGCUUCCCCUGGUCCUUCGCACGCACACUCGCUCUCAGGAGGAGGAAGUCAUGAUCAUCAUUCACUGCCGAGUAUGAGCUUGGACCACAGCCAUACGCAUGGUACGCACGGUCAAGAGACGACGCUGGCAACGAUGACCGAGGCAAUGACGGAUGAUCACGAGCACGAAAUGCCGCCAGAGAUACCGCUUUCAGAUAUGGAGCAGAUACUGCAAGAGCAUAGGCUUCCUGAUGUCGGUGGCGGAGGCGAACCCAAGAUUGUCAACGAGGACAUCGCGCGUGAAAAGCUCCUGCAGGGGCGAACGUCACCGCCGACUACCUCUGCUUGGGCAGAGGCUUCGCGAUGGCAGCAGCUAUGA